AAGAUGGAGGCUGAGCAAAGACUGAAACCGGCCAACAAGUAGCAGCUGUUUGGAGCUGGUUGGUAAAACCAACAUGAAGCACCAUAACCUGUAGGUGGGAACAGUCUAAUGUCUGAUCAGAUUCAUUAACUCUGGGACUGAAGAGUCUGACAUCCUGCUGACUUUCCAGUUCCAGACCAAUAAACAUGAUGACCAACCAACUGGGUGGACAAAACAGAAAAGAUCCUCAGAGAUCUGGAAGAGAACCAUCAACCUUUACAGGACAGAUCAAUGAAAACCUCAGGGACCAUCGUGAGGAAGAGGACAGCUGUGGUCCUUUGUUUUUAUUCAUUCAGUGAAUCGUGUUGAAUCAGCAGGUCUGACCUACAUGAGCAUCAUCAUGAAAACAGUUCCUGUUAUAGUGAAACUUUGCAUGUAAACUUUUGUUUGUCAACAGAACACAGUACUGAAUCAGUAAUGAAGUGUUGAUGACGUUCUGCUGCUCAGUGGUCAUGUGAUGUUUACAGCCCUCAGCUGGUGGCAGCAGAGAGAGGAUGAGAUAAAAGCUGAUGACAGGAAGUGGAUCUGCCAGUGUGGCUGGUCUGAUGCUGGGGGGUUGUAGUGGCAGUGACCUUUGUGACCUCUGUGGCCCUGCUGGGUCUGUCAUGAUGCUGUGAUGCUGAGCAGGAGGAGUGCGCUGAACGUGACGGGGCCUCAGCAGGGGGUCCUGGGCCUGGUGAUGUUCCCUAUCAUCACGCUGCCAUGCUGCGUGUUCCUCUUCAUCAACCUCACCAUGCUGUACACGCUGCGCAGCCGGCCGCUGUUCAGAGAGGCGUCCCGCUACGUGCUGCUGUUCAACCUGCUGCUGGAGGACACCGUGCAGCUGUUCCAGAGCCAGUCCAUGUUCCUGCUAUCCGCGGUCAGCUUCACGCUGCUGUACCCGGUGUGCGCUGCGCUCACCGCCUUCAGCAGCCUGGCCCACUGCGUGUCCGUGGUCACGCUGGUCAGCAUGUGCCUGGAGCGGUACGUGGCGGUGUGCUACCCCCUCAGGCACAGCGCCAUCGUUACCCUGAGGAACACCGGCGCCGCCAUCGGCGUAAUCUGGGCCGUCAGCUCCUCCCACGUGAUCGUCCAGCUCAGCCUGAUGUUGUCCCGCUUCUCGGUAGCUGACCUGGGGGUCAUGCAGAUGGUGUACUACUGCGGGAAGGAGAGCGCCUUCAUCGAUCCCGUGUCUGACCAAUACGACAGAGCCUUCACCUACUUCCUGUUCCUGCUGGGGGCGGCCACCGUCUCCUUCGCCUAUGCCGGCAUCAUCGUGGCGGCGCGCUCUGCGUCCACGGACAAAGCGUCGGCGGUGCGGGCGCGGCGCACGCUGCUGCUGCACCUGGUGCAGCUGGGCCUCAGCAUGUCCUCCACCGUCUACAACUCGCUGCUGAUCGUCAUCACCAGCAGCCUGGAGCGCGUCCCGGCCGUCCGCCUGCAGGUCAGCCUCUACAUGGCCGUCAUCAUCCUGCCCAAGUGCCUCAGCUCGCUCAUCUACGGCCUCAGAGACCAGAACAUCCGGCCCAUCCUCAUCAUGAACCUCAUCUGCCAGUGCAGAGGCUCCGCUCUCCACACCAGAACCAGAACGAAGAACAGAACCAGAGUCCAGCUCAGCUGAGACGUUCACGGGAAACUGGGAAAAUAAAGACAAUGAUGGGAGGAAACCAGAAUGUUCAGCAAAUAAACCUGGAACUGAUGAUUUAUGGGAAAU